CGAUGGCAGCUGCAAUGCGGGAGAAGGAGGAGCAGGCACUUGAACUGUGUUUUGGUUGUCUUCUUUCUUCAUACGUGACACCACGACCACUAGUACUAGUGCAAGAACUUCACUGCCAAGGAAGAUCUGUCCAAAAAUACCUCUGACCAUAUUCUAACGAACAGAAACGUCUCACCGAUGCCGACCGGUCACCUUCACCUUUGCGCAAAACGGGAGACAGCAAAGCCGACCGAUUGGCAAAGGAACUCAUAGAGCGGUACCCUGAGCUGAGGACGCCAUCAGCACGAGAAGAGCUGCAUGACAGGGUUGAUUAUGUCGAUAUGGGAUGAUAGGCUAAGGUUAGUUCGGUGUGCAGAAGUUAUAUGUCUAGAAAGUAGCAUCUUCAUCUUUCGCUAAUCCCUGUUCGAGCUCGAACGAGACCGGAUCAUGAGAGCAAGCAUCGACAGAAAGUGCCUGAGUCCAGGACGACGGCUGCAAGAGAAGCAGAAUGAGGCGCAAAGAAGAAAAGACGAUGGAUUGGCGAAGAAAAAGCAGACGGUGGCGGAGUCGCUAGCUACUUUGUCGCCGUGGGAAGAAAGGCAAGACUCGCUGCCAUGGUUGUAUGACUAUCGCUAUCCUCACUCUGAUUCUGGUAGAAGUUUUAUUCACGCUAGGCAAUAGCCUAUAAAGUAAUAGAGUCCUAAUCUUAACCUUCGCCACAUCGAUGACAGGUUAAACGAAAUGGUAAAAUAUUUCGACAAGAUAUCGCAGCUGACGG